AUGUUCACGUCGCUCCCACGACAGGGCAAAGUCCUCGCGCUGGUCUGCGCCAUCAGCCUCGUCACCAUCUGGACGUUCCGCCUCCCACGCCUCUGCAUCUUCGACCAAUGCCCCCAUUCGCCCGCCGCUGUCAUCCCGUGCUCCAGCACUCUUGGCCGUCACCACCAAGACAACGGCACCGACCUUGACCUAUCGGCCCCGGAUGCGCCCUUCGUCGCCUGGCCCCUGGCCCGCGUCUGCAGCGAGAACAAGGGGUGGACGCCGGGCCUGGUCUUUGUCUGCGACAACAACUCGGGCGGCAUCGGCAACAUCCGCAACUUCAUACUGACCUGCUUGCGCUAUGCCAUCGACGCGGGCGCCACGGGGCUCGCGCUGCCGACAAUCCAGUCCCGCAGCGCGGCCAAGCUUGCCGACCUGUUCGUCGGGGACCAGGUCCCGUUUGACUACUUCUUUGACGAGGCGCACUUCCGCCGCGGCCUCGCCGAGGCCUGCCCGCAGAUCACCGUCUACGGCGACGACCUCGCCGGCGUGCCCGGGCUCGACGCCGAGGAGCUGCGCGCGGGGCGCGUCAGGCCCGAGAAGAUCACGCCGAACCACUUUGGGCUGAGGGGCGGCUGUGACGUGCGCGACCUGAACCGCCACACCGCACUAUUUGGGGAGCGGUUCCACGCUUUCCUGAGAGAGAGGGAUGAGAUUCAGCAGCGGCAGCAGCAGCACCGUCUGGGCCCCACCGGUGUCCUGAAGCCCAGGCUUGUGAGGAUGAACUGGGGCGUGCAGUGGAACUGGCCCGUCCUCCAGGACGGCCCAGAAUUCGCGGCGUCCUUCGGGGGCCUGCUUCGGUUCCGGGACGACAUCCUCUCCCUGGGCGAGAGGACGGCGGACGCGAUGCAGAAGCUGGCGUCUAAUACCCCCGGCGGCGGGGACGGGCGCGGCUUCGUGGGCAUCCACCUGCGCACCGAGAGCGACGCGCUGGGCACGUGGCCCUCGUUCGGGAACCAGACGGCGGCGUACCUCGCCAGGGUGGCCGGCCUCGACCCGGCGCCGCCCAGGCACGCGUACCUCGCGACGGGGAACGCCACCGAGGCGGCGAGGCUCGCGGCGCUGGCGGAGGCGCAGCAGGGGCUGCGCGUCGUCACCAAGCACGAGCUGCUGCGCACCUCCGGCGGCGGCGGGGAGCUCCUGCGGCAGCUCGAAGCACUCAGCUGGGACCAGCAGGCGCUCGUCGACUUUGUGGUGCUGCUGCGAUGCAGUUUCUUCCUCGGCGUCAGCCCCAGCUCCUUUAGCAUGAACGUCGCGCUCAAGAGGCACCUGAGGGGGGAUGGGCUGCUCACGCGGCCUUGGAGGAUCGGUGAUGCGGAGGGAGAUGGGAGGAGCUGGCUUGUGGGUAGAUACGAUAGUUAUUGGGAGGACUGGUUGUUCAUGUAUGACUCCCUUUGGCCUUGA